AUGUUAAAUGGGGGAAUUGGUAACAACAACAACAAAAAUGAAGAUGGGGGAGGAGGACCUCUUGCUGCUCGUAUGCGCAUUACUGACCCAAUGUUGCAAGCCGAAUGGGCCAAAAAACGUCUCAUUUGGGUUCCACAUGAAACUGAAGGUUUUGUAAAAGCAUCGAUAAUUAGUGAGGAUGCUGAUACUUAUACUGUUGAAUUUGUGGAAAAUGGACAUCAAUUACGUUUAAGUAAAGAUGAUUGUCAAAAAAUGAAUCCUCCAAAGUUUGACAAGGUUGAGGAUAUGGCUGAUCUCACGUGCCUUAACGAGCCUUCAGUUUUUGACAAUUUAAAGCAGCGUUAUUAUUCUGAAUUAAUUUAUACAUAUUCUGGUUUGUUCUGUGUUGUUAUGAAUCCAUAUAAAAAAUUGCCAAUUUAUUCUGAGGCUGUAAUUGAGUCUUAUAAAGGAAAGAAACGUAAUGAACGUCCACCUCAUGUUUUUGCUAUUGCUGACUGUGCUUAUAGAUCGAUGCUUCAAGAUCAUGAAGACCAAUCAAUUUUGUGUACCGGAGAAUCGGGUGCAGGCAAAACAGAAAAUACCAAAAAAGUAAUUCAAUAUUUGGCUCAUGUUGCCGGGGCUACAAGGCUUGGACAUCAUAAUAAAUUAGUUAAUACCUCAACUUCCAACGGUCUUUUGUGUUCUUCUCCAGCUAGAAGCCAUUCUAGUGUUGAUCAAAUUAAUUUGGUCGGAGAAUUGGAACAACAACUUUUACAGGCAAAUCCAAUAUUGGAAGCUUUUGGAAAUAGCAAAACUGUCAAAAAUGAUAAUUCUUCGAGAUUUGUUGGUCUACUCACAAUUCCUACUCGAAUUUUUAGGAUAUUCCCGACCUCCUACAGUCCAUUUCCUGCCAUCUCCGUUCACGGAAAAAAUUUUCCUCGAUGUCUGUGCCACUCCUCGAUGUCUGUGCCACCUCUACUGUCCGGAAAAUUUAUUCGAAUCAAUUUCGAUUUGGCUGGUUAUAUUUCUGGUGCUAAUAUUGAAUUUUAUUUGUUGGAAAAGUCUCGUACAUGUCGUCAAGCAAAUGAUGAGCGUUCGUUUCAUGUAUUUUACCAAUUUUUGCGUGGAACUUCUGCAGAGGAAAAAGCAAGCUUUUUGCUCGAAGACGUAAGUAAAUACAAAUUUUUGCAAAAUGGUUAUAUUACAUUACCAAAUGUUGAUGACGCUGCAGAAUUUCACAAUACAAUUCGUUCAAUGAAAAUUAUGGGCUUUCAUGAUGAUGAAAUUAAUUCUGUUCUUCGUGUUGUUAGUGCUGUUCUUUUGCUUGGGAAUAUUGAAUUUAAACAGGAGAAGAAUAGUGACCAGGCAACUUUGCCGGAUGAUACAGUUGCUCAAAAAAUUUGCCAUUUGCUUGGCCUUCCAGUCGCUGAUUUUACCAAAGCAUUCCUUCGUCCUCGCAUUAAAGUUGGGCGUGAACAUGUACAAAAAGCUCAAAAUAAAGAACAAGCUGAAUUUGGAGUUGAGGCAAUUGGGAAGGCUUGUUAUGAGAGAAUGUUUAAAUGGUUGGUUAGCCGAAUCAAUAAAUCGUUGGAUCGAACAAGGCGAACUGGAACAUCGUUUAUUGGAAUUUUGGAUAUUGCUGGAUUUGAAAUAUUUAAAUUGAACAGUUUUGAGCAGCUUUGUAUUAACUAUACAAACGAGAAAUUACAACAACUUUUCAACAAUACAAUGUUUGUUUUGGAACAAGAAGAAUACCAGCGAGAAGGAAUUGAUUGGCAAUUUAUUGAUUUUGGGUUAGAUUUACAACCUACAAUUGAGUUGAUUGAAAAGCCAACAGGAAUUCUUGCAUUGUUAGAUGAACAAUGUAUUUUCCCUAAAGCUACAGACAAAUCUUUUGUUGAAAAAUUGUUUACUUAUCAUGAAAAACAUGAAAAGUUUGUUGUUCCAGAAAUGCGAUCAAAAUCAGAUUUUGCUGUAAUGCAUUAUGCGGGUAGAGUUGAUUAUUAUUCUGAUAAAUGGUUAAUGAAGAAUAUGGACCCUUUGAAUGAAAAUGUUGUACAAUUAAUGCAAAAUAGUACUGAUCAAUUUUUGGCGGGGAUAUGGAAAGAUGCUGAAUUUGCUGGAAUGGGAGUAACAGAAUUAAAUGAUACAGUUUUUGGUGUUCGUACAAAAAAGGGAAUGUUUCGAACUGUUGGUCAUAUGCAUAAGGAACAAUUAAAUAAAUUAAUGACUACAUUACGCAAUACUUUUCCUCAUUUUGUUCGUUGUAUUAUUCCAAAUCAUGACAAAAAGGUUGGUUAUUUAAUUUAA